GAUUGUGAGGCGAGGUCGGGAGACGCGGCAGGGCGAGGGGCCAGCAGGAGGAAGGGACGGGCUGGCAGAAGCAUGGGCAGGACACUGAGCGGUGAACUCGGCUCCUCAGGGAAGGCGGCUGCGCCGGGGACAGGGAAAAAUCAAGUUUGUGUCUGAGAAUUAUACAGGUAACUACCUUUGGCCAUCUUCUGGCUAUAAAUGCCACGUGGCUGCAGAUACCAACAAAGUUUUUUACAAAAGAAGUCAUUUUUGUGCCUUCGAACUAAGUCAGAAUUACCUCUAUGUACUUUCAGGCAACACUGUUAUUAAAUGACCCAGACAGACCUGUCCUCAUAUAAUUGUAGCUUUUCAGUACGGGGAACCUAAAAGAUGACAACACCCACUUGUAAAAGCAUACUUGAACUCAAUAAAAAUGCUCUCAUCUCUCCAUGGAAAGGGCAAUUAAUUAUUCAGGGUUGUUUGCUGUGUGAUAUAACUCUUUGGUCUACUUAUGGCACAGUAAUUCCAGUUCAACUGCCCCAGGAACUAGAUUUUAAGCAUGUAAUGAAAGUGUCUUCUCUGAAAGAAAGCCUCCCAGAAGCUGCCUUUAGAAGACGGGAUUAUUUGGAACACAAAGUCUGUUGUCAAGAUUUAUGCUUUGAUUUGUAUGAAGUGGAACUGUCAAACAAACAAGGAGAAAAUAUAGAUAAGUUAAUAGAAUAUAUUAAAAAUAAGCAACUGGCAAUCAUUAAAUGCUUAGAAGAUAGAGGUUUUUUCAUUUUACUUACAUCAUCAGCCUUAACACCAGAACCAGAUUUUGGAGAUGAGCAGAUGGGUCUACAUGGUUUACAUUUAUUCCAUUCACCUCAGUCAACAGGAGCAAAGGACUUGAAAGUUGAAGAUGACAUUUCUUUGAAAGUGGUACCCAUUUUACCUGCCCUUAGUUAUGCACUUCUAGAAGCAAAGAAAUCAUUUUCUGAAGAAGGAAUUCCUCCAAACAUCUUAGUAAAGCAUAGUUUCGAAGACCUGUAUAAGGUGGACAGAAGCCUUUCAUUGAUGGCUGUUCCUCAAGAUGGAAUGAAAGACACUGUGUUCACUGGGAAGCUGUCCCAUGCUUUUGACGUGGUUUCCCCAUUUGAAAAGUGCCCUGCAGAGUCUUUCAAUCAACUGAAGUUUUAUUUUUCAGACCCUACUGGGUAUUCUUUGGAUCUGACUGCUGCUUUGGAUUUGUUAACAGAGCAGCCUCAGUUUCCUUGUAUUUCAGACGGGAUUUGUGAUGCUGGAUUUUCUUUAGUUAUAACUCCAGAUCCUGAGUGUCUUGACUCAGAGAUGGAAAUAAAAGAAACUGAAACAGCAAAAAAAUCUGGGAAAACAUCGAGAGUGAAGAAGAAAGCUGUGACUCCAUUGACUCCAACUUCAAAUCUGAGAGUUCAGCCAAAGAGAAAGGCCAGCACAUCAGCUGUUAUACUGCCAAGUAAACGGGUGAGCCUGGGCCACCCCAUUUCUAAAAGAACUGCCCCCAGAACAGACAGCGGAUCAUGCAACCCAACUCUUAAGUUAGUUAAAGGGCAGUUUCCUCAGAAGAGAAAAAGAGGUGCAGAAGUGCUUACUGCACAGUUUGUACAGAAAACCGGAGUAUGUAAGAAAAGACGAGAAGCUUCUGUAUCUAAAGAUGCUCCGGUACCUACAAGAGCAAAAAGGUCAAAGAAGCAAGAGAAGUCUCAAGGUAGAGUUGUUUCACACCCUAAGCCACGUGUGGAAAAGUCUCCACAAAAACAGAAGGUAAAUGUAGCAAGAGGCCGUCAAAAUACCAGAGCCAGAAAGCAACUUCAACCUGCUAAAAAAGAAGUUUCACAUCUUCAAUCAGAAAUUUCAUCAGAUGACCAAAAAGAUGGACUUAACCUAAAUACAGUUCAACAAGAAAGUAUUGCAGUGAUUCCUAAAGGUCUUCCUGAAAACUCAAUUACCAACUGUGACUCCCAGGCCCUAAAUAUGUUAGCUGAUCUGGCAUUAAGCUCUGCUGCUUCUUCUAUACCAUCUUGUGAGCUCAGGAACCUUCCCUGCUUCUCUGAAUUGCACGAUGCCUCUGACCUUGAAUAUCAUAGUGGAUUUCAAAGUCAAAAAGGUAUACUACUACCUAAAUCAUCCUCUGAUGAGAGGAUUAAUUCAGAGUCAAACUUAACUGUUAGCCAAGAAGAAAACUUAGUAUCUUGUGCUCAGCCUCUUGCUACUGCCCAGUCAGCACCCCCUGAGGAAGCCCGAGAAUUCUCAGAUGCAAUUCAAAACUCUGUUUCUGUGGAACAUUCCUAUGCCUUGCUCCUUGCUGAGAAGUCAGAGAAACACCUGCAUCAAAGAAAGACAACAAGCCCUGCUUUUGCAAAGAAUGGGAUGAAAGGCCCUGAAGCUGGAACUCCUAUAGGAAAGGUCAUGCCAUUUCGGCAUCUACAGAAUAUCUCCCCUCUACAAAAGCUUUCUGAAGAUUCAUUGACUAAGCACAAAAGUCUAUUUGUAUCUUCCAACCUUAAAGAUUUUUUUUGCUCUCAUACUGUUAUUAGAUGUGAUGGUUCCUUUAAGAUCACUUUCAAAUGUGAAGGAGACUAUGCAUUCAGCUUAGAUAGCAGAUACACCAGCAACCCAUUGGAGAGAACUGUUGUGAGAGCAUUACAUGGACCCUGGAAUACUGAUUUGCCUGAAAACAUGGAAGAUGUGAAGCGUUUACUUCAUAUGUGGGUAGCUCUGUUCUACAGCAAAAAAAACAAAGUUAUUGGGUCACUUCGAAAGGUAGUAGAACACAGAAACCCAGCAAAAUAUGUAUGCAUAAAUAAGUCUAUAGAAUCCUUUGAUCACAGUGAAACUGAGGAGUUUUCCAGUGUGGAAAGACAUUCUAUAGACCCUCUGUUGGAGACUAAGGAAGCAUACGAAGGUCAUGCCACCAGUAUGACCUUUCCUGGAUCUAACUGCCUGCUUCCUUUCAUUAAUCCACCAAGUACCAGAAACUUGGAACUCUGUAUAGAGAAUGAACAGAAAGAAAUGUUUACAGGAGAGUAUCACCUGGAUACUGCAAGAAGCCUGAAUUCCGUCUAUAAUGAGGUAACUGGAGGGAAAGCCAAACAAGAAUUAUCAGAUAAACCAGAGACUUGUAAUGUUGUACUUUCUGGUGUUCAAAGUGCCCAAAACAAUGGAUCUUGUAUUCCUGGAGGUGAAGAUAAAACCUGUCAGAGCACAAAGAUGGUUUCUUGUAAUGACUCUGUCACACAAGCCACCUUGACCACAGUAUAUGAUGGGGCCAGCAGUGAGUCAAUGGUGUGUCAGAAGUCUGUGUUCGGCACCCUUGAGAACAAAGCUGAUACUUCUCACCCAUCACUGCUAAUAAAAACAGAUGAUGUACAGGACGUUAUGCAGCAAAGCAGCCCCAUAAAUAUUGACUGCCAGUCCUCUGAAAGGAUGAAUGAUAAUGUGGAAUACAUGAUGAUUAAUCUGGAACCAGUUACUCCUGCUUUUGAAAAAAAUGCUUAUGUGCCAAUACAGACAGAAGCAAAUACAGCUGACCAACCUAUAGGUUUUACUACUGAGCUGGUUAAACAAGUUUCCCCUGCCUUGAGUAUUCAAAAUGCUAUGUCUGCAUUGGAAAAGGCACAAACACAAUGCACUAGGGAUAUUCCUUCUCUUGCCAUAUCAGAAUUAAAAGAUAGUAAGUGCCUUUCUGCCUCUUCAGUGCAAAAGGAAGCACCUCUUGAAAGCCUGUGUCUACCACGGAAAGAGACCCCUCCUCCAACAUCAUCAACUGAUGAAGGAUUGAUAAUGGAGCCACUGUCAUUAGUUAAAAGUUCUAGUUACUCAUUAGCCAGUGAUGAAACGAAGUGCCCACAAGAUGCCUUUCUACAGACUCAGAAUGGUUUUAGCAUGUCUUUAGAUGAGGUUCUAGAACCAUCUCAAGCUACAGUAAUCUUAUCAUCAGCCUCUGCUACCCUGGGGGACCAGCUGUCCCUUAAUUGUGUUCCAGCAAUAAAUAAUAUCUUCGAUGGCUCUUCAGAAGUAAGGACUAGUGAAAACAGUAGUCUAAACCAAGAAAAAAUUUUGCAAACAUUUAAUUCAGUAUUUCCCAAACAAACUGUUCUAUCUCUGAAUAGAGAGGAGGUUAGCCAGGAAUUGUCAGGAGAAGAUUCUGAUAUUGAUCUCACUCUAACAAUAUCACCUCCUUUAAGCCCCAGGAAGGAAAUGGCAUCUGGUGAAGUUAAACAAUCUCAGAGGGUCCCAGUAUCAAAUAUAGGACUACAAAGUAGAACUGAAGAGAUAGUUGAACCAGAAGAACAAAUGAGCCUUAUAGAAUACAGAGAAAUAAAUCUGGCUAGCUCUCUGUCAGUGUAUCCUGUGGAAUCCAGAGAAUCAUUAAAAAGUGAGAGAGAAGGUAAUCAUUUAAAACCAGGUACAUUAGUACUUAAUAAAAAAGUUGCAGAGGGAGUUAAUGUUUCCUCUGACUUGCCCUUUGAACCUGUAAUAAAAGAAGUGUCACCAGCCUCUAGUCCUGAUACCAUAUUACACACUGCAAACGCAUUUCCAUGUUCUUUACAACUCCAUGGCACACAGUGUGAGAAAACUAACAAUUUAUCCCACAUUCAUUCAGGAGCUUUAACCAUACCAGAAAAAGAAAGCUCUUUUCAAAGUCCUAAGAUUUCAGUAGGACAAGAAAAGUUAACUCAAGUACAAGUGCAGCUCUCAGCUGAAAUGCCACAGACAUUAACUAAUGCAGGUAUAGAAGGCUCAGAAACUGUGCCUAGUAAAGUUAUUGAGGUCAGUGUCCCAAGUGACCACAGUGAGAGUUUAUCUUUCUCAGAAAAUGUGCACUCCUAUGACACAGUAUUAAAUAAGUCUACCUCACCUCCCAAAUAUCGAGGUAACUUCAAGCAUUUUGAGAAACCUGUAAAAGCAGGAAAUUCAUUGCAGGCAAAUUGUAAGGAGAACAGAGAUAUGGACAUAAAACAUCUUCCUUUAGAGUCCAGUGUACCCUUAUUUCGUCCUAAAGAAGUUGCUGAAAAUAAGUCUUUGACUGACACAUUAGUUUCUGUAAGCACUGCAAGUGGAAUAGUGAAUAUGUCAUUUAAACAGAGUAGUACUAAAAGUAUUAAGAAUAAUGUCUGUGACAGUGAUGUGAAAACAGAAUCUUAUAUUAAUAUAGAGGCUGGGGCAGUAAACUCUGCCUCCAUUGACAAAGCUUACAUUGUACAGGCAUGCAUGCAUCCAGAGAUCUCAAAAUGUGUUUCUUCCUCUGACAGUGCUCAGUGCACCUAUUAUAAAAAAACAUUAAGUGUAGAGCCAGAGCUUCAAACACAGGAAAUACCAGUAGUCAGAAUGGCCAGCUUGCUUAAGAAUAUUGGAACUGAGUCACAUGAAGAAAGCAUGGAUCUCGGUGCCAUUGGCCUUCAGUCUAACUCCACAUCUACAAAAGGUGAACAAAGAAUUCAUGUGCUGCAGGACAUAACAUGUGAAGUAAAAGAGCUUUUGAAUGGUGGAAGUUUUUCCCAAAAUGUUAUUCCUUGUCAAGAUACAGCAGACAUUACCAGUACAAUUACCAAUGAAGAGCUUUCUGCUUCCUUUGUCCCAGAAACUAUUGAGUCUGUUCAUAGCGUCCACAUAGAACAUACUGUCAGUGAAAGCCCUAAUAUAGAGCAUAAAACCAAGGCAGAUGCUGAAACACUGAGCAGGGUUACAGAGAUAAGUGUUAAUGCUUCCAUGCACCAUGGACCACUUUCUGGAGACUAUGAUCAGGAUUCUCUUGAUUGUAAAAACUGCAAAUCUAAUGUGGAAAAUUUAUAUGCUUUGAGAGGUAAUCAUGCAAGCCAAAAAGAUAAUAUAAAACAUAGAAAUGAUUCUUUCACAAGCUUAAACAACAAUGGUAAUGAUACUUGGACCUAUUCUAGCAAAAUUACAGAGCUGGAAACACAUACUCCAUCAGAAAACCGGGAUACAGAACCAUGUCCUAUCUCAACAAAUAAGUGUAUGCCACGUUACAUCCAGAUCCCAGAUUCCCAUGGUAACCCCAGGACUUACGCUAACUUCACUAUAACGAAAGAGUUCAAAGAUACCACAAGAAAAUUGCAUAGCCUGAAGAGGCAUCAGAAUUUCAGUGCAAACUGUGGUCUUCUCAGCACCUGGACUAGCACUUGGCAUGUGGCAGAUGACAUCACUCAGAAUACAUUAGACCUAGAGCACUUGCGUUUUGACCAAAAGCUAAAACAAAUAAUAAAGAAGGGGUAUUCUCAGCAAUCUUCCCCUUCCACCAACAUCUUCCCUAAGGAGUCACCCAUCCAAAUCUCAGUUGGAACAUUCCCUUCCACACAAACAUCUGAGGCCUCGGUUCUACAUCUUCCACCCAGGAGCAGAAGCCCCAUUUUGGUGACAGUUGUCCAUCCAGACAUCAGGCAGUAUCAUUGCCGAAGAGACCAUUCACCCAGCAAUCUAAACAGUUCAUCUUUUUGGAAGGGGAAAUAUAGGCCAAGUAGAAAUCUUACAAAUUCUGAAAGAAGUCAUACUGUUCCAUUCCACCUCAAUAAACUGAAAUACAACAGUACUUUAAAAGAAGCUAGAAAUGAUAUUUCACUUAUUCUAAAUGAAUAUGCUGAAUUUAAUAAGGUAAUGAAUAGCAACCAAAUUGCUUCUCAAGAUAAAGAAUUAAGUGUAGCUUCUGCAGAAGUUGUGUCCCAGGAGACCUAUCAGCCAAGACAGUCUGUUUCCUACAAAGAUGUGAUCACAGACUUGUGUGCCACUCUGCAUAUUAAACUAAAAGGAGUUGUGAGAGAGGCUUGUAAGAACCCUUUCUCCUUCUUCCUCGUUGAAACAGAAGAUAAGUCAUUCUUUUUAAGAACAAAGAGCAUUCUAAAGAAAGAAGGCCAUAGAGAAAUUGGACUUCUGGAUUUCUGUCAAGCUUUUCACAGAGAGGAUGAGACACUCUUAGUUAUCAUCAAAAAUGAAGACAUGAUAUCACAUUUGCAUCAAAUUCCUUCUCUGCUGAAGUUAAAGCAUCUCCCUAAUGUCAUCUUUGCUGGAGUGGACAGCCCUGAAGACAUUGUGAAUGAUACCUACCAAGAGCUAUUUCGCUCAGGAGGCUUUGUGGUAUCAGAUGAUAACAUCCUAGAAAGUUUAACAUUAGUUCAACUGAAGGAAAUUCUCAAAAUCCUAGAAAAACUAAAUGAAAAUGGAAGAUGGAAGUGGCUACUUCACUACAGAGAAAAUAAAAAGCUCAAGGAAGAUGUCAGGGUAGAUUCAAUUGCACAUAAAAAGAACUUAAUUCUGAAAUCAUAUCAGAGUGUAAAUAUCAUUGAAUUGCUUCAUUAUCACAACUGUGACUCUCCAUCACCUACAAAAGCUGAAAUUUUGAAAUGCUUGGUAAACCUGCAAAUUCAACAUACCAGUGCCAGGUUUGCGGUCUUCUUAACAGACAAGCCUACGGUGUCCACAGAAGUCUUUGAAAAUAAUGGAAUCCUUGUGACAGAUGUAAACUAUUUCACUGAAAAUAUACAAAAGAUAGCAGCUCCAUUUAGGAGUAGCUAUUGGUAAGACUUAUAAAAUUUCCCAGAAAAGCUGGAGUUAUUGGCAGCAGACAGUGCCACUGAAGGAAAGUGUUCAUAGAUGUUCUUAAAAUUCAUAGAUGGGAUUCAUUGUAAAGUUUCUGUUCUAUGAAUAGGAUUCCCAGCAACUUCAGUGAUUAUCACAAAUGAGAUUAAUCCACCUGCUUUAAAUUACUCCAGUGGUGUCACUUGCAGCCAGCCUGGAUUGACAUGGGAGACAGUAUAAUGAAUGAUACGGUUGUCCCAGUUGUAUUUCAUGAUUGGUCAUUUUGACUUAUCGAUUUUGUGUUCCUACAGGUGACUUUGGAAUUGAGACUAGACAUGGAGGAUGCCAACAAAAUAUUAGUAUUUUCCUGUGUCUAAAAAACUCCAAAUACAUACAAACAAUCUCAUUUGAAAAAUCCACGUUUCGUUUUUUGUUUCCUCAUGGACCAUAGUUGCUAUUAACUUUGGGUUGUAGUGUUGAAUAUUGCUGUAAAUUAUUUUCAAUCUACACAUAAUGCCUUCAAAACGAUUAAUUGAGCUUAACAUUGAAGUCAAGACCUUUACAUGUUUACUUAGCUAAAGCAAAGUCUAUUUUGACAAAUAGCUGUUUUUGCGUGUGGUCAGAGGCUUACAAAGUGCAUGUUUCAAAAGUUUUACCACAUUGUAGAAAGUAUAAUCUGUAAUGGUUUUGUUACAUAAACACUACACAAAGAAAAAAAAUUUUUCAUAAAUGACAAAUUUAUACUGUUUUCCACUUGGUUUUUUUUUUUUUUUUUUUAAUGCUGCACUACAAAAAUCAGUCUGAGGAAGAAAUCAUUUAUUUAUGAUAUUAGAAAUUUCUUAAGUCUUUAAAAUAUAAACAAAAAACCAUUUGUAUACUAUCUAUUUGAAACAAAGGCUUUUAUACCUAGUUUGGGGUAAUUUUGUUUGUUUGUUUUUUUUUUAAAUAAAGACAAUUAAAAUGCA